CGAAAAGUUUGUCGGGACUUCCCACUUCAGCUGGCGACGACCAAAUGGCUCUUCUCGAUUGGAUGAGCGUCAAUUCAAUUUCUGUGUGCUCGUCCAUUACAUGCCACGUUUCCCCAAUUAUUAAUUAGGCUUUUUUCAUCUGCACAAACAUUAAAAUCCCCUCUCAUGGCGCUCCCCUAUCGUUCGUCGACAGCAGAAGUGGUGGACUUCAUCCUGCACAACCUAAAAGGCUCCAAAAGGUGAAUUGGGUAGAAUAUCAGGGGGAGUGAGGAAGUAGGAGAUAAGCUACCGUGCUAUGUGGAGCGAUGGGAACGACUGCGAUCGGCAGACGGCGGCAGCGUCGGCGGCUGGGAUUCCAUUGCUUUCGCGCCAGCCGUCGAUCUUUUCGCUGACCUUUGAGGAGUUCCAAACUACGAUGGGGGGGAUCGGGAAGGAAUUGGGUUCGAUGAACAUGGAUGAGUUUCUGAAGAACAUCUGGAUUGCUGAGGAGAGUCAAGCAAUGGCAGUCGCUCUCGGUGCUCCGGAAGGUGGCGCCGGCGUUCUGCAACAUCAGGGAUCGUUCAAUCUUCCGAGGACACUUAGCCUGAAGACCGUCGAUGAUGUUUGGCGGGGUGUUAUCACCGAUAACGUGGAAAUCGGCGGUCGAUCAGAUUUGCAGAAGCAGCAGAGGCAGCCAACGAUUGGUGAGAUCACGCUUGAGGAGUUUCUGGUGCGAGCUGGGGUAGUGAGGGAAGAAAUUAACACUACGGUCUCGACACCGGUGGAUAAAAAGCUUGGCAAUGAUAAUAGCGGCGUUUAUUACGGAGAUCUGUCAGCAUCGGGCAACAAUAACUCUGCGUUUGCGUCGAGUACUUUUCCUCAGGCGGAACGCUGCAUUGCGGGCGUAAUGCCAAACUCCCUUCCAAGCAACUCUGGUACAAAUUUAACUAUUCCUGUUGCCGGCGCGAGGCCAUACGCCGCGCACCUACCAUUAGGCGCUGAUGCUGACCUCGGAAAACAGCGGAGGAUGAGAGACGGAAUCGUUGGGAUCGCUGAUCCGGCAAUUAAUAAUGGUUUGAUAUCGGGAAUAGUUGGAUUGGCAACUGGAACUGUUUCCGUUGUAACUGCUGGUUCGCCCGCGAAACACGUUACGUCUGGUGGAACUGCAAAGGGGAAUGCUGAGCUUUCUUCUUUUUCUGGGCUAUCGUUCGCUUUCAAUGGGCCCCCUAAGGGGAGAAAGUCUGAUGGUACGGUGGAGAAGAUUUUGGAAAGGAGGCAGAGGAGGAUGAUAAAAAACAGAGAGUCCGCUGCGAGGUCUCGAGCCCGGAAACAGGCUUAUACUAUGGAGCUAGAAACUGAAGUAGCUAUACUUAAAGAGAAAAAUCAAGAGCUAGAAAAGAAACAAGCCGAGGUUUUGGAGAUGCAGAAAAAGCAGAUUUUGGAGCUUAAUCAUCAACUUGGGCAAAAAAGAUCAUGCUUGAGGAGGACAUAUACUGGUCCCUGGUGAAACGAUGCCACGGGCUUUUAGAAGACAAUAUUGGUGAGCGCACUACACUCUUGACAGCUUCAUGUCGAGUUUAUUUUGUACAGAGAAGGGAAAAUUCACUGCGCUGUACCUUAAUCUGUGAUUUAUGUAGUAUAACGUGGCGUGACAGUAGUUGGGCGAUAAGAGCUAUUUUCAUACCAGCUUUUCUCGUACACUUGUACUGCAUUUUUAUUUUAUUUUUUAAUAAUGUUGCUGCACCUCUUUUCUUUUUUCGA